UGUUUUUUUUUGUUUUGUUUUUUUAUUUGUGUCAAAUUGCUGGACAGAAAAAUUCAAGUAUUGUUAUUGCGAUAUGUUUUUAUUCAGUUUAUGUAAUUCAACAUGCCAUUUUGCCUUGAGGACAUUUGGCACUAUUAUACUUCCAUACCUGUCUUUAUGCUCCUCCUCCAAAACCACCUCCCCAUACACACUGAGAACCAGGAAGUUCAUUUCAAAGGAAACGAAACUCAGAGUUCAGUGUACUCUCCCUCUCUCUCUCUCUCUCUCUCUCUCUCUCUCUCUCUCUCUCUCUCUCUCUCUCUCCGUGUGUGUGUGUGUGAGUUCAGGAAAAUGGCCGAGGCCAGUAUUUCAGUAGAUCAGCUUUCAGUGGAUCAGUUCAGCUGUACAGUGUGUCUGGAUCUACUGAAGGAUCCGGUGACGAUCCCCUGUGGUCACAGUUUCUGUAAGGUGUGUAUUAAUGACUGCUGGGAUCAGGAAGAGAAGAGCGGAGUGUAUCGCUGUCCUCAGUGCAGAGACACUUUCACACCGAGGCCUGUUCUACGCAGAAACAACAUGCUGGCUGAAGUGGUGGAGAAACUGAAGAAGACUGAAGUCCAAGCUGCUUCUCCUGCUCACUGUUACGCUGGACCUGGAGAUGUGGAGUGUGAUUUCUGCACCGGGAGAAAACACAAAGCCGUCAAGUCCUGUCUGAUGUGUCUGGCCUCCUUUUGUGAAACUCAUCUGAAACCUCACUAUGAAGUUCCUGCUUUGAAAAAGCACAAGUUAGUCGAAGCUUCUGGAAAUCUACAAGAGACGAUCUGCUCUGAGCAUGAUAAAGUGCUGGAGAUCUACUGUCGUACUGACCAAAGCUUCAUCUGUUAUCUGUGUAUGACGGAUGAACACAAAAGCCACGACACCGUCUCAGUUAAAGCGUGCAGAACUGAAAAACAGAGUGAGUUAAAGGAGGAGCAGAUGAAAUCCCAGCAGAGAAUCCAGGAGAAGCAGAAGAAGGUGCAGGAGCUGAAACAGGCUGUGAACACUAUAAAGCUCAGUGCACAGACAGCAGUGGAGGACAGUGAGAGGAUCUUUACUGAGAUGAUCAGCUCCAUGGAGAAAAGGCGCUCGGAGGUGACGGAGCUGAUCAGAGCUCAGGAGAAGGCUGAACUGAGUCGAGCUGAACGACUCCUGGAGCAACUGGAGCAGGAGAUCGCUGAUCUUCAGAGGAGAGUCACUGAGCUGGAGCAGCUUUCACACACACACGAUCACCUCCACUUCCUCCAGGAAAUAAAGUCUGAUCUCCGUGAGGACUCACGCAGCAUCGCUGUCAAUCAACAUCUCUCAUUUGAUGGAGUGAGGGAAUCUCUCUCUGCUCUGAAAAAGAGACUCGAGGAAUUCUGCCAGGAGGAAUUCAUCAAAAUCCCUGAACACGGCGAGAGAAAUCGUCCUGCUGGGAAAUCUUUACUUUCUCUGCAGCGCGCUGCAGCAGUUCAGAUCAUUUUACCCCCAGAACCAAAGAGCAGACAAGAUUUUCUGCAGUAUUUCUGUGAUCUGACUCUGGAUCCCAACACAGUACAUUAUUACCUCAUUCUGUCUGAGAGGAACAGAGCGGUGACACGCAGUGAGAGAAAGCAGCAGUACUCUGAUCAUCCAGAGAGAUUUGACUCCUACACUCAGGUGUUGAGUAAGGAGAGUGUGUGUGGACGCUGUUACUGGGAGGUGGAGUGGAGCGGUGAUGUGUUCAUAUCAGUCUCGUAUAAAGACAUCAGCAGGAAAGGACGGGGUAAUGAGUGUGGGUUUGGACGCAACAAUCAGUCCUGGAGUCUGCGGUGUUCUUCUUUUUCUUCUCUCAUCUUCUAUCACAACAACAUUGAGACUGGGCUCGGAGUUCCAUCGUCCUCCAGAAUAGGAGUGUAUGUGGAUCACAGUGCAGGAACUCUGUCCUUCUACAGCGUCUCUGACACGAUGAAGCUCCUCCACAGAGUCCACACCACAUUCACUCAGACUCUAUACGCUGGGUUCUGGCUCAGCUGGGAUUUUAUCUCUAAAUCAGAACGAACUGUGAGGUUGUGUGAUCCGACAAAAUAAUGAUUUGAGGUGUUUUAAGGUCAGUAAUUUGUCAGUAAAUAAAACUCUGUGCACAUUUCCUCAUUGAUCCCCAUCUGUGAAAUAAAUGUUCAUAUUAAAUCAGUAAAAACACUAAAGAUUAAAACGCUGCAUUUCGACUCGGCCUAGGAUCAUCAGUUACACAUGUAAAGGGAAUGAAAGUGUAAGAUCUGAAUGUAUUCCCAUUGACGUAUAAAAGUUCUACUUUUAUUUUGAAGUGAAAAGCCUGAACUCUCUAUAAAUCAAAUCUCUUUAUCAAAUUGGAGAGAAUUUUUAAAGGAAAUUCAAUGAAAUAUUUUGAGCGACAGGAGCAGUGCAGUAGGUAUGUAGCUAGGGAAUCAAAAUGGCCACCUAGUUACACGUUGCAUUAUGGGUACCUGUAUAGGUUGCAGUGAUGUCUGUGAAAGUGAUGAUGAUGAUGAUGAUUUAUAUUAAAAUAUCUGUAUCCAGUUAUUUGCCUAAUCUAAACUAUGUGCACUCAGGGCUGUUUUUGGUCUGACACAGUGGGAGAGCUGAUGGUGGCGGGGAUGUUAGUUUAAAUUAGUUAGUAAUAUUGUCAUUUUUUUGCAAAUAAUAAAGACAUUUGUAGACACUGA